UGGCCUGUCUGUCAGCGUGGUUCAUUUCUGAUGCUUGCUGUGGUUUUCCUGAGAACAAGUUCUGCAAAAUGACACUCCUGUAUGUCAAAGUCCAUGUAGUCAGACACACAAGUGUAGUCUUAAGAAAUACGUUUGCAUUAUUUUGCUUCAUCAUGGCUGGACACCUUCUGUUAGUCUUCCUCAUAUAUUCCUUUCAUGAGAUGAAAGCACAAGCAUCUCUUCCACCUAAACUGACAGUGAAUCCACAGAUGAUCACAGAGACAGACUCAGUCACACUGAACUGUCAGGCUCCAGCAUCAGUGUCUGUGACUGAGUGUUUUUUCCGCACAAAUGGAAAACCUGCCAAAAGUUUCCCUUGUAUGACAACUCUGACAGGGACUGAGCUGCUCAAGAUAACAAAUCAAAGUCCACCCGCUGAGGUUAAAGUGACAUGUUUUUACCUUGUAAUGAAUCCAUCUCCAGACAGUGAUGUGUCCUCUAUCAUCAUUCAACCAUCUCUUCAUCCUAAACUGACAGUGAAUCCACAGAUGAUCACAGAGACCGACUCAGUCACACUGAACUGUCAGACUCCACCAUCAGUGUCUGUGUCUCAGUGUUAUUUCUACACUUUAAGUGGAGGAACUAUCAGUGUCCUGUCUUGUCUGCAGACACUGACAGGGACUGAACUGCUGAAGAUGGCACAUCAGAGUUUACCUACUGAGAUUGAAGUGAAAUGUUUUUACACUGCCAUGUUUGGAGACACAUAUUCUCAGUCUCCACACAGUGACUCAUCCUCCAUCACCAUACAGAGUCAGAAACCAGAGAUGAGUUACCAGCAUUUUGAUGGUGACUCUGUUCUCUUCACUUGCUCACUGCCUGGAUCUGCUAAUCAUGAUACGAGAUGUAACCUGUACUUUGGAGAAGCAAGUCAUCCUGUAAAAACAACAACCAUCCGGAGGGAAAUGACCUCAACAAACCAGAAGUUUUGCCAGCUUACUGUCUCAAUAGAUGAUUUGUUGACACAUCUACGUUCUGUUCUGAGAAAGGAUGCCAGCUGUGAUUACACCUUGGGAAGUGAACCCAGCUCUUUGUCUCCUCGUAGUGACAGAUACAGCUUGACUGAUAUUGUAGACAAAGAGUCAAGCAAGAUGCAGAAAACGCCAAAACUUACUAUGACCACAGUUCUUCUUCCACCUGAACUAACAGUGAAUCCACUGGUGAUCACAGAGACAGACUUAAUCAUGCUGAACUGUCAAACUCCACCAUCAGUGUCUGUGUCUCAGUGUUAUUUCUACACUUUAAGUGGAGGAACCGUCAGAGUCCUCCCUUGUCUGCAGACACUGACAGGGAUUGAACUGCUGAAGAUGGCACAUCAGAGUUCACCUGCUGAGAUUAAAGUGAAAUGUUAUUACACUGUAACACGUGGAGAGACAAAGUCUACAUCUCCACACAGUGACACAACCUCCAUCACCAUACAAAGUCUUCCAAGCUAUCGUAGGGUUUCUACUCCCGUAAAACCCACAUCAGGUCAGACUGUUGGAACGUUUACUGGUAUAGCUAUGACCUCUCCUGACGCAGCUCUUACAAAUCAAGCAUCUAAUGAUGAAAUAACAGAAACGUGGAUAUGGAAGUUGGUAGUAGUUGUGGCUGGUUUUGGAGUAACUGUAGGUGUCAUCUUGCUGGGAUUUGCACCCUUCUACAACCAAAGCACAAUUGAAAAAUGUGCUUUCAAGAGACCAAAAGCCAUCAUCACUGAUUACAGGGAUUAUAUGAACUUGCAGGCUGGUUAUGAUGAAACCUACAGUAUGGUCAUCUAUAAAUGCAAUAUUGAAAAAUGUGCUUUCAAGAGACCAAAAGCCAUCAUCACUGAUUACAGGGAUUAUAUGAACUUGCAGGCUGGUUAUGAUGAAACCUACAGUAUGGUCAUCUAUAAAUGCAAUAUUGAAAAAUGUGCUUUCAAGAGACCAAAAGCCAUCAUCACUGAUUACAGGGAUUAUAUGAACUUGCAGGCUGGUUAUGAUGAAACCUACAGUAUGGUCAUCUAUAAAUGCAAUAUUGAAAAAUGUGCUUUCAAGAGACCAAAAGCCAUCAUCACUGAUUACAGGGAUUAUAUGGCUGGUUAUGAUGAAACCUACAGUAUCGUCAUCUAUAAAUGCAAUAUUGAAUAAAUACCAAAAACUGCACCUUAGAGGAGCGAGCCGCAUCUCACCGGGGGGAUACAGUGUACAGCUCUCUAAAGCCAUUUUGAAUUUCAAGUGUUGUUUUUCUUGCAUCUUUAUUUUCAUUUUGCUUUCUUACAAU